AUGCGCGUGCUUGGUUCCGCCUUAAGCCUAGCACCUCUAAAAGUUCCCCAUCACAUAUUCGACCUCACCGAGAACCCGAGGAUCAUCGCCAUCUCCUCUCAAGACGACCCACUUGCCAACUCAGAUUCUGACACAGAGACUGCAGGUCCAAGCACCCAAGCAUUGCCAUCCACACCCAGACGUCGCAGACAAUCCGCUCCCCCAGCAUCAUCACCAAUCAGCGUGAUGAACCCCACACCUGUCAGACGAGGCCAUCCAACGAAGAAGGCAUGCAAGUCUGGCCCAGCAACUGAGCCAAGACUGAGUGCCGCUGAUCUGGAACAGCAGCAACAACUAUGCCAGGAGCAGCAGGAGCAACGGAAGCGCGAGAUGGAGGCAGAGAAACAGCACAUGUGUGAGCAGGCCCGUCAACUUAGAGAAGAGACAAAAGAGCAGGAGAAGACUAGUGCUUGA